AAGCGAUUAAUUUGCUGGAGCCCAUGACCAACGACCCCGUGAACUACGUGCGUCAGGGGGCUCUGAUCGCCUCCGCCCUGAUCAUGAUCCAACAGACAGAGAUCCUGUGUCCAAAGGUCAGCCAGUUCAGGCAGCUCUACUCCAAAGUCAUCAACGACAAACACGAUGACGUGAUGGCCAAGUUUGGAGCGAUCCUAGCCCAAGGCAUCUUGGACGCAGGCGGUCACAACGUCACCAUUUCCCUGCAGUCGCGGACCGGGCACACGCACAUGCCCUCGGUGGUCGGAGUUCUGGUCUUCACUCAGUUCUGGUUCUGGUUCCCGCUCUCCCACUUCUUGUCGCUGGCUUUCACCCCGACCUGCGUCAUUGGCCUCAACAAAGACCUGAAGAUGCCCAAAGUGCAGUACAGAUCCAACGUGAAGCCCUCGACUUUUGCCUAUCCAGCUCCUUUGGAGGUGCCGAAGGAGAAGGAGAAAGAGAAGGUGUCCACCGCUGUGCUGUCCAUCACUGCAAAAGCCAAGAAGAAGGAGAAAGAAAAGGAAAAAGAGAAAAAAGAAGAGGAAAAAAUGGAAGUGGACGAGACGGAGAAGAAGGAGGAGAAGGAGAAGAAGAAGGAGCCCGAGCCCUCCUUCCAGCUGCUGGACAACCCAGCCCGGGUGAUGCCUGCCCAGCUCAAGGUCCUCACCAUGCCGGAGAGCUGCCGCUACCAGCCCUUCAAGACCCUUUCCAUCGGCGGCAUCAUCGUCCUGCGAGAUACCAGCGAGGACACCGAGGAGCUGGUCGAGCCGGUGGCGGCGCACGGGCCAAAGAUCGAGGAGGAGGAACAGGAGCCAGAACCCCCGGAGCCAUUUGAGUACAUCGACGACUAGGAUGCGGGAUCCGUGGAAGAGUCCCGGUCCUUCAAGAAGCUGGCCUUUGCGUCUGAUAUUGGAAACGCGCCAGAAGGAAGUCCCCGCGGCCCAAGGCACGCCCCCAUCACAUCCAUGCUGGCCAACCGCACGCAGUCCACGUUUUAGGGUUGACAGACGGAAAAUGUAUCCUAUUUAGUGUACGCUUUCACAGGAACCUGGUUUUCAGAAUAAAUAAAUUAAAACUC